AUGGUAACCAGGCUUACACGACGGCGCGGUGUCAUUAACGGUUUCAUGAAGGAGGGGGGAUGUUGCCCUGGUAACUGCCCCCCCUGUGACCAAAGCUGCGGGCGAACCCUGGGCUGUCGGAACCACAAGUGUCCCUCAGUCUGCCACCAAGGUAGCUGCUAUCCGUGCCCAGAGUCGGUGGAGGUCCGGGGUGCGUGCGGCUCGACUGUGCUGGUCGUCCCCUGUGGCCGUGAGAAGACCACCAAACCGCCUCGCUGCAAGGAGACCUGCAGGUGUCCUCCGUCCUGCCACCACCCGACCAGAGAGGCUCACCGCUGCCACCCCGGCCCCUGCCCCCCCUGCAAGCAGGCCUGCCUGCUGCCCCUGCCCGGCUGCAGCCACACCUGCCCGCGGCCCUGCCACGACCUGGUGCUGGUCAAGUCCCAGCAGGUUCACUUAGCAGGACCGUGGGAGCAGCCGUCUGAGCCGGCCUUUGUCGAGAAGGCUCUGCCCUGCCCGCCGUGCCAAGUACCCCUGCCAACGGCCUGUUUUGGAGAACACGAGGUCAGCCCGGUGCCGUGUCAUCGCCGGGGUCGAUUCUCCUGCGGCCGACCCUGCGGACGACCUCUGACCUGCGGCAACCACACCUGCAGCAGAGAGUGUCACCUGGUGAACGACAGCAACCCGUGUGAGGUGUGUGAGGAGGGCUGCUCUAAGCCCCGCCCACCCGGCUGCCCUCACUCCUGCCCCCGCCCCUGUCACCCGGGCAGCUGCCCCCCCUGCAGCCAGAUGAUCCGCCAGCGGUGCCACUGCAAGAUCAGCCUGCUGUACUUGGAGUGCACGAAGCUGACUUCAGUGGAUGAGCAGACCAAAGUGCUGCUGGGAUCGUGCAACAACCAGUGUCCCAAAGAGCUGAGCUGUGGCCAUCGCUGUAAGCAGGUGUGUCAUCCAGGUGUGUGUGAGGAGAAGUGUCAGCAGAAGGUGAAGCUCCGGUGUCCCUGCAGGAGGAUCAAGAAGGAGGUGCUGUGCUCGCUCUCAGCUCAGUUUGCUGUGGAGUGUGAUGAUGUCUGCAGAGAGCAGCAGAGGAAAAUCAGCCAGCUGAAGGAGGCGGAGCAAAGAGCGGCUCAGGAGGAGGAGCAAAGGAAGCUUCAGGAGGAGCUGGAGGCCUUCGAGAAGCGGCAGCAGCGAGGAGGGCGGAGGAACAAGAAGCGAGGGCGGAGGGAGGAGGUGGAUGACGAGCAGUCUGAGGCGAGGAGGUGGUGGAGGAGGUGCGCCGCCUUCGUCCUCGUCCCACUGGGUGGCGCUCUGCUGUCGGCCGCCGCCUACUACUACCUGCAGGAGUCGGGCUGAGCAGACGAGCGCUCGCUUCGACUCGUGCUGAGCCGAGUUUAGAAACACGACACUGCGUCACGUUUCAGAAGCACGGCUCCGCCUCCUCCUCCUCCAGUGAGGAACCGUGUUGGGUUAUUGUGUGGAAGCAGAGAAGCCUGAAACUGUUCUGCUUCAUUUCCUGUCAGUUUGCGGUUGCAGCUCCAGCCUGGAGCCUCAGUUCUUCCUCAGCUUCAGUGGUCGGGUCUCUCUCUGAGGACAGGGUCACGGCCUGAUUACAGCCUCGUUUAUCAUCAAUGAUGUCAUAGAAUGCAGACGCUGCCUCUGAGCAUGCUCAGGUCAGGCAGGCCAUGAGGUCAGCUGCUACCUUCUGCACAUCCACCCGGGUGAUAUGUACACCGCUUUGUCUGCAUACUCUAGCUGCUGCCUGUGCAACCUGCUUUGCAGCCCACCUCUGAGAGGAUCUUCCUGCUGCACAGAGCAGCAGGAGCUGGAUGGAGGCUCAGACUGAGGUUUGAGACUGAAGCUGCAACAACAAACAGCCUAAUUACUCAUGUUUUUGUCCUGUAAUCUGCCUUCAAUAUUCUCUCUAAUGGUUUUUUAAUGUGUUUCAAGUUCCAAAUGAAGAUGAGUGUUGAACACUUUGACACUGCAGCAACAUUUAAUUUUAGUUAUUAAUGUUUAGUUCCCUUUAAAGCUCGUUGUUCUCCCUGGUGUGUAAUCUUUGUUUGUAGAGAGCAAGAAGCUCCUGAUUGGAAACGUAAGGAAUCAAUCAUGUUUAUGAAAAGUAGUUUUUGGAUUUAAGUCAUUUUUCUUUCCUUUUUUGAUCUUUUUUUUUCUCCAAAGAUUUAAAGAAUAAAUAUUAAAAACAC